ACUACCGCCGUCUCUUCGCCUCCUCCCAGCGAUGUCUCGGCUCGCAUUGGCAUCGCCAUCCUGGCCUUCUUCCUGGGCUUCCCUGGUAACAUGUUUGUUGGUUUGCUCUGCCGGGGUAAGAAGCGCUCGGUGACGUGCUUGUUGGUGCUGAACCUGGCCUUGGCCGACGGCUUCGUGCUCCUCAGCGCCCCGCUGUUCAUUCGGUUCCUGGCGGCAGGACUGCACUGGGAGUUUGGCUCGGCGGCGUGCAAGCUGGUGCAUUACCUGUCGAGCGUGAACAUGUACGUGUCCAUCUACCUGAUCUGUCUCAUGAGCAUGGACCGCUGGCUGGCCGUCACGAGGCCCUUUGUGUCUCAGAGAAUGAGGACCAAGCGCUCCCUUCUGGUCCUCCUGUUUGGGGUCUGGGUGUUGGCUUUCCUCCUGUCUCUGCCAAUGCCGUUCUAUCGCAGUAUUAUAAAGAAACCUAUAGGGAACAGGAGCUUGAACAUUUGCAUGGCAUACCACUGGGGGAGCAUGGGUCACCCGGUCUUCCAGUACCUGUUUGAGACCAUCAUGGGCUGCUUGGUUCCCUUCUCACUCAUCAGCACCUGCUACUCCUCCGUCAUAUGCAGACUGCAAAGUGCCAAGUUCCAGCGCAGAGGACAAGGCAGUCGUCUCAUCCUGCUGAUCAUUGUCACCUUUGCCAUUUUCUGGCUUCCCUAUCACAUCGUCAACAUCAUUGAGGUGGCUUGUUUGCUGAAGAACGACAAGCCGGGGAUGCGCUGCACUCCCAGCGCUCGGCCCAACGUCACAGCCUUCGCCUACUUCAGCAGCGCGGUGAACCCCAUCCUCUACGUGUUCGCCGGCAGCUCCCACAUCCGCCAGGCCGGCCUCAGCUUCAUGGGCCGGCUCUUCGAGGCCACCUACUCGGAGAGCAGGACCACGUCCACCGUCACGCGCAGCGGCCGCAGCGGCUCUUCGCCGGACGAGAGCUCCGUCCUGUACACGCUGUCGACCAAAAUCGGGAAGCCCUUCAAAGGAAAGGGCAAGGAGAGAAGCAGCAGCGUGGCGGGAAAGGAAGCUGACGAACCAGAGCUCAAAACUCUUGCCAUGGUCGAACAGUUAGAAUAGCACUGGAGCUGUUUUACAUUAUACUACAAAGAGGAACGUAACUUUGAAAAAAAAAAAAAAAAUUAAACCUUCUGUUGUUGAGUUUCAUUGUUUUUUGUUAAAUAUUACUGUGCCUCAAACAGCGUAAGUUAUAAUCUAUUUAAAUGUUGUUAUAAACAUUGAUGCUGUAAUGAACUUUUUUAUGCAUUAGCAACAGGAUUUCAUGUGAAAUAGCAGUAACAGAGCAGUAGAUUCAAACUUUGAAUGUAUAUUUCUUUUUAUCAAACUGUGUACACAAGACUGAAAUUACUUUUAUUAUUUAAAAAGAAAAACAUUUUGAUAUUAAACUACCAUCCCAACA